GAGAACAUCUUUACCUGUCAAGCCAAAAUCUACAGCUACGUGAAUCCCAGUAAAAUUUCCACCUCUCGGCCCCCGCUUCAAGAGGAGAACUCCACCACACAUCCCGAGACGAAAGGCCAAACCAGCAAACUUGAAACUUGCCAAAAACUGGAAGACCGAGUACCGGUGGGUGACUCGGCCUCCAGCGUUGCAAAACCCAACAGACAGAACAGCAGCGCCACCGAAUGUGAAUCAUCCGCGUCUCCCUCCAGCCCCAAUCCCGAACCGACGGAAAUUCAGAAACUCCCGCCAGCCAAAUCGGACGUGGUCCCCAGCCAAAAGCAGGGCCCAAACAAGGGAAGCAAAAAGCCUACGUCCCGAAGGAAAGGCCAAGGAAAAACGCCCCCAAACCGAAAAGUAACUGACUAUUACCCGGUUAGAAGAAGUUCCAGAAAGAAUAAAAAAGAAUUACAGAUUGAUUUUAUUGACGGCAAAGGCCGGGGCGUCAUUGCCACCAGGCAUUUUAACCGGGGUGAAUUUGUGGUCGAAUAUCACGGAGACCUCAUUGAAAUUACGGAUGCAAAAAAACGGGAAGCCGCUUACUCCCAGGAUCCAUCAACGGGCUGUUAUAUGUACUAUUUCCAAUACAUGAGUAAGACUUUCUGUGUCGAUGCCACCAAAGAGACGGACCGCUUAGGACGUUUGGUGAAUCACAGCAAGUGUGGGAACUGUCAGACGAAGCUGCACGACAUCAGCGGAGUCCCCCACCUCAUCCUGGUGGCGUCCCGGGACAUCAAAGCUGGCGAGGAGUUGCUGUACGAUUACGGGGACCGGAGCAAAGCGUCUUUGGAGGCCCAUCCCUGGUUGAAACACUAAAGGGAUCCCUUGCACGAGAAGAUCCCUGCUUCGAUGCGGCCUUCCCGUCUGCAUGGACAUCUCGUGAACCGUUCGGAUUUCUACGCUCGAGGGACGUAUUUUUUUUAUAUACAAACGCAAACACUUCAAUCUUGAAACUGAUCGAAGAGAGAGUGAAUUUGGGGAAGAAAAACCUGGUUUCCUCCUUUUCUUAGCCGGGCACCCCGUGAAAGCUGACACGAGAACAUUUGAGGGACCGUCUAGCUUUCCUUAGAGGUGUUUGGGCCUCCUUGUCCAGGAUGAUCACCUCCGCUUUGGGAGGUGGGGCUGGAGAUUUGGGGUGAUCUCUGCCUCAGAAGCUGCGGGGGAGAAGAUCAUGUCUCUGCUAAGCGGCCAGGAGAUGCUGGUUCAGGAGAGCAGCUGGAAGAACCAACCCCCCCAAAAAACCCCGUGGUCUCUUCAAAGUAGCCCCUUUGCAGCCUUAUUUUUUUUUUUAGAAAGAGGAAGAAAAUUGGAAACCUGUUUUAACUCUGCUGGGAAUCACUGGACUUGUCGUCAAGAAGGAACUACAGAGCUUGCAGUGUGGAAACCAGGGUCAGCUUGUCCUUCAAGAACCCGGUUUCCCCGGGGUCUGGUUGUGCGCUGCCUGCCAUUUUAUCAUUAUUAUUUUUUUGCUAUUGUGAGCCAUCCCCCCCAAAAAAUCGGCACGGGCGAGCGGAGGAAGGAAGCGAAGGGAGCCAGGGAGGCAAGUUGGGACUCUGGCAGGCGCUAAACAGCCUUCUUGCUUCGGCAAAGUCCUCAGCUGGGAGAAGAGACCCAGCCGUUUGAACAUUGGGGUUUGAUUCUCGGUGCUUUCUGGUACCCCGAGAUCUUCUCCCCAGGUUUGCAAAAGAGGUUGGUGGAUAUGGGGUUGAGAAAACGCAUCGCAGGUGGCCACGGGACGUCGAAAACCAGCGGAGGAAUUGAGCCGCGCUUUGUAUUUUGCUCCCUUCUGUCUGUCUCUCUCUUUUUGGGGGGAAGAGAAGUGGAGGGAGGGGGGAAACCUGCUUUUAAUGGAAUUUGGGCCUCGUUCUUAAACAGGGACUUUUAGCCACGGAAGAGGCUUUUAGGAUGAAAUCACUUUCCACCUUGACUAUUUGGUCAGAGAAUUUAUUUAACUCGGCGUUCCCGGACGUGUAGAAACAGGCCAAGUGGAUCAGGGUGAAUGGAAUGGGUCGUCUCCCGGGGGGGGAAAAAAAGAAUGGAUCGGGACUACAUUCCCCAGAAUUCUCAGCUUUCAUCCCUGGUGUGGGGGGGAGGGGGCUAGGUGAAGGCUGCCGUAAAGCACUUUGGGGCGGAGGGGGGAGAGAAUUGGGAAAGGCGUAAGGAUCAGGAGGCAGAAUGGAGAAACGUGUUUUCCAAGUUUUACUUCCUGCUGGAAAUUCACAUACGCCAUUUAUUUUUUUCCCCUCCGCCUGCUCUCCGGAAGGAUGGGGAAUGACACACCUGGCUGGGAAUCCUGGGAAACGUAGUCCCAGCUGAGCGCCACACUCUUGCAGGGAGAGAGAGAGAGAGAGAGCGCGAGAGAGAGCACUGUUUGAAUAAAGCUCCGAUACCCUGACGUUGGCGCUACAGAAACCGGGGACCUGAGGGCGAUGGUGUGUUUUUUUAGAAAUGAUGAACAAAGGAAUGAUCUGAAGAAAAUUAUUUCGCUGUACGAGAGUAUAAAUAAAGUGAACUAUUUAUUAAAA